AAUUACAAAUGUCAUCAUUGUUUCACACUAUCGCACGCUGAAUGAAUCAAAUCAAGGGAUAUAAUUACUAUUGCAUAUUUUAAAUGGGAUUUGCUUAAAGAAACGGAAUAAAUUGCAAUUCUAUUGACUUUAUGAGUCAAUUUGGGUAGAAAAAUUAUGACGUCUAGAAGAAAUGAUUACAUUUUCGAGCCGUAUAAGGUUACCGAAGUGCAAUGUCGGGGUUUUGAAAGUCCCAGACCUCGUAGUGGACACAGGAUAGCUUGUGAUGAUGCUAAUAUUUAUUGUUUUGGUGGCUACAAUCCUUCGCUACCGCUGACUAACAUUCAAAGAGACAAUCCAACUUGGACGCCGGCGCGACCCCUUUUCAAAGAACUUUGGAGUUUCUCUAUAGCUAGUCGAAAAUGGAAACAACAUAAAGUAAUUGAAAACAUGCCGGAAGAGCUAGCGUCAAACGCAAUGUGUAUGAAUGGGAGAUACUUAAUGAUAUUCGGCGGCACAGGUGCACCAUUUGGCAACAAAUGCAGUAAUGAUGUGAUUGUGUGGCGAACAUGCAAUGAGGAUGCAAGACUGCAAAUCUUAGAAGUCACUGGAACUAGACCUCCUGGACAGUAUGGGCAAGCCAUAUUGUGCCACGAUGGAUGUUUUUAUACAGUGGGAGGCACUAAUGGAUUUGCAUAUAACUGUGAUAUUUAUAGGUUAGAUCUGCGGACACUAGUAUGGGAGCCAGUGUUUGUAGGCACAGGUCAAGAAGGUGAGCCAUUAGGCAGAUACAGACAUGAAAUUGCCCGUGUCGGCAAUAAGCUCUACAUAAUUGGUGGAGGCACCGGGGAUUGGGCGUUCGAACUUAUGGAAAUACCUAUGUUUGAUUUUGAUAAUAAUACCUGGAGAAUAUUAACUCCAAAGGCUGAUGAUAGUUCCAAAGAUACUAUUGCUCCCUUACCUAGAAAGUGCCACAGUGCAGUACAGAUUGAGUCGCCCACUGGUGCACAGGUGUUUGUAGCGGGUGGCUCUGAUGGACAGUCAGUGUUUGAGGAUAUUUGGAGGUUAAACAUCUCUGAUUUACAAUGGACUCUAAUGCAGAAGACAGUGUUACCACAUCCUCUAUAUUUUCAUUCUUCAGCAGUUACAUCUUCGGGUUGUAUGUAUGUGUUUGGUGGUAUUGAGCCAAAAGAAGAUGCAGCUAGUAGGAAUAAUAUACUUUAUAAGGUCUGGCUAUGUGUACCAAAAUUGAGUGAAAUUUGCUGGGAAGCAUUACUGCAUUUCCAUCCAAACUUAGAUCAAGUAGACGGUAGAUCAUUGUUAAAUAUUGGAAUUCCAAGUGAGUUUGUACAGAGAUUACAUAUGCAGUAACAAAGUUUAUUUUUUUUUGCUGUAAGCAAUAUUGUGUUCUAUAAUUAUAUUUAUGUAUUUGUCCAUUAAUGAUUUUAUGUUUAUAAGCUAAACAUUUACUGACAAAUAUAACUUAACUUAAUCAUUUGUAUUAUAAUA